AUGGGAUUUUCUGAAGUAUUCAUUGAUUUAAUAUGGAGGCUAUUGGCAAAUAACUGGUAUUUUGUGCUGUUGAAUGGUCAUGCUCAUGGCUAUGCAGAUAAUACCAUCAUAUUCUCAUCAGCAGAGAGUAAUUCUUUGCAGCUGAUCAUGGAUACUCUUCAAGAAUAUGAAAGGAUUUAUGGACAAUUGAUAAAUAAGAGGAAAAGUUCUUUCUAUAUGUACAACAAAGUGUCAAAUGAGCUGAUUCAACAGAUAGAAGCAGUAACAGGAUUUGUGAGAGGUCAAUUCCCUUUUACAUAUCUUGGUUGUCCAAUUACUCAUGCAAGGAAGAGAAAAGUUGAUUAUACUGAGCUUUUGACGAAAGUCAAAAAUAGUUUGCAAACUUGGAAAGGGAAGAUGAUGUUAUAUGGUGGAAAAGCAAAUAACAAGGAUGAAGGAAGAAGCAGACACUGGCCAUCAUGGCUUAAUAUGUGCUUACCUAAACAUGAAGGAGGGUUGGGGUUCAGGUCCAUCUUUGACAUGUCUAAAGCUUUAUGUGCUAAACUUUGGUGGAAUUUUAGAACUUCUAGCUCUCUCUAG